AUGGCUAUGAAGUACGUAAAAUUUCCUUCAGUCAGAGAAAUCUGUCAAAACUUUGAAAAGUAUAUGGGUUUUCAGAAUCCCAUAAAAUGGCCAAAUGCCAUUGCAAUAAUCCUAUAUCAUGUAAUUGGUGUUUACUGGUGUUUCUAUUACACAUUUCCAGUAAAAUUUGCUACUGUAAUUUAUGCUGUACUUUUAUUCUACUUCUCUGGAAUCUGUAUCACGACCGGAGUGCACCGUCUGUGGACACACAAAUCGUACAAAGCAAAAUUACCUUUGCAACUGUUCCUUCUAACAGGUUUCGCAACAGCUGGUCAAAAUUCCAUAUACCAAUGGGUGCGUGACCAUCGCGUCCACCACAAAUUCAGCGAUACGGACGCAGAUCCGCACAACGCCAACCGCGGCCUGUUCUUCUCACACAUCGGAUGGUUGAUGUUGAAGAAGAACGAACAAGUGCUUGAAGCCGGGAAACUCAUCGACAUGUCUGAUAUUACUGGCGACCCGUUACUUCGAUAUUUUGACAAAAAUUUCAUCUGGUUGAAAAUUUUGUUUUGCUACGUAAUACCGUUCAUUGUUAAUGUUCACCUGUUGGGAGAGACUUGGCAGGGUGUGGUAGCGUGGCAGUUCUUCCUCCGCUUCCUCAUCACGUUCCACGUCGAAUUGACAGUCAACAGUCUUGCACAUUUCUAUGGAUACAGUCCUUAUAACAAAUACAUCGCACCCAAAGAAAAUCAUUUUGUAGCAACCUGCACUUUUGGCGAAGGAUGGCACAACUACCAUCACGUGUUCCCCUUUGACUACAAGGCGGCCGAGCACUUCGAUACCUUGAAUUGGAGUACAAAGUUAAUCCGUCUCUUUAAUAAAAUUGGCUGGGCUUAUGAUCUGCGUGAAGCCUCUCCUAUGGUGAUUAAUAGAAUUGCAAAUAGGCUAGGAGACGGGACACGAGUACUCUUUCCGAUAAAUAAAUAAGUUUAUAUAUUAAUUUAUUUAUUUUGCUAUGAUCCCCGAAAAGCCAACAAACCCAUGCGACAUCGCGGAUCAUAGCGAAAUAAAUAAAUUAAUAAAUAUUUAUCAUGAACUUCCGCAAAUUAACGCCUGCUUCUAUACAAUAUAAAUAA